ACCAUCGGGGCGUCACUGCACACCUGCGGUGGCGAUGUCUGCAGUAACGGUCCAGCCUCUGCCAUUCGGCCGCCUUGAGCGAGAGAGACACAUCGAGGCGCUCUUCCACGCCUUCCGCAAGACGCCGGGACCUUCCUCGGACCGCCGGGACUCCGCAGUGUUUCCUGGUCUCCAGGGGGCGGGUCCUGGCCGUGAAGAGGGGGAGGUGAUGGAGAAAGAGGCAAAAGAUGGUGUGGGUCCUUGCGGGAACGGGAACCGGCGUCGGCACGGAUACGGGGCCGAAGGCCUGACACUGCUGAAUAACAUCAGCCAGAUACGCAUCACAGCCAGGCCAGAACUGCAAGGUCCCCGCUGCGUGCCCCGCAGGACAUACAGCAUCGCCACGGGAACCAGCGAGCAGCUCUACGUGGCCGUCGAAGAGAGCUCAUGUCUGUGCCUGCACUGCUGCGGCCCGGCGCGCUCCUGCUCCCUGCGCGCCUUCGACCGCCAAGCCCACCAGGUCUUCCUGCUCAACAGGCCCCCGCGGAUGGACGCAUGUUGUCUUGGCUGCUGCCUGAUGGAAAUGCAGGCCUUCGAUGGCGACGGACAACUAGCGGGGGCCGUGUACCAGAGGUGGAGCAUGUUCACCCCCCUCUUCGAGGUCUGCGACUCAGACGGGACAUUCGUGGCUCGAGUCCAGGGCUCCUGCUGUCCCUGCCGUUGCUAUGCCAACCAGGAGUUUCAGGUGGUUUCCAUGCUCGGAGAGACACUAGGGAGGAUCUGGAAGAAAUGGCCCGGAUUCAACAAGGAAUACAACAUGGACCAUGAAUACUUCGGGCUGGACGUACUUCAAGACAUGAGUCCCAGAAACAAGCUGCUUUUACUCGCCGCUACCUUCCUUCUGAAUCACAUGUUCUUCGAGAUGAGCUGAGCCUUCCAGAAACCCCAGAACUGAUGGGUAGAUUGGCAGGAGCUGAGAAGUGUCACAGCGUAAAACUGAUGAUGGAG